AUGGCACACCUUCAAAGCCAAUAUGCCCCAGUUCGCUACACAACAGAUGAAUAUGGCAAAAUGGUCGACGAGUACGGGAACCCAGUCCGCCUCACAACAGACGAGUAUGGCAAUAUGGUCGACGAGUACGGGAACCCAGUCCGCCUCACAACAGAAGAGUGUGGCAAGAGGAUCGACGAGUACGGGAACCCAAUCCGCCUCACAACAGACGAGUAUGGCAAUCCGGUUGGCCACACUGCAGGCUCAACUGGUGUGCACGGGACGACUCAUUAUGGUACCGCGGGUGAAACUGGCUCAUUUGGUGACGCACCAGUUGGCGGCACAAGAAUUGGCGGACACAAGGAGCACCGGGAUAUUAUGCAUCGCCGCACCGGAAGCGGGUCCGGGUCCAGCUCCAGCUCCUCUGAGGAUGAUGGACAUGGUGGAAGGAGGAAGAAGGGACUGAAGGAGAAGAUAAAAGAGAAGCUACCCGGCGUGGGGAAUCGUCAUGAAGGCAUGUCUCAAGCAACUUCGACUACUACUCCAGGUGGUACAUACUCAUCAGCAGGGCACCACCAUGAGAAGAAGGGAGUGAUUGAGAAGAUCAAAGAGAAGCUCCCUGGACACCACCAUCACUAG